CGGAACAAUGUCAUUCUUUCCUCGAAGCCCCGAGAGAAACGAUGGAUUUCACCCACAAACGAGUGUACGAGAUACUAUCAUCAAUUCUUCGCCCGCUUAUAAGAGAAUCCGCGGAAGAAGACACCGAGGAUGAGACAUAAUAAGUUGUCAACUUCCGACACACGCCCCUCCAAGUUCAUUAAAAUUACUCAGUGACCGUGAAAGAAAAAGUUUAUUCUCGAUGUUCCAUCGGAGUGCCGGGAUGAAGUCGUCGAGAUUCGGUAGAUCGCGAUCGGAAAAUGAUUUUACCACCGUGAAAUUGCACGAAAUCGACGAUCUGUUGUAUGGGAAACGUAUGAAACUGUCGAAGACGUCGUUUCGCCUGAACGACGUAGUCGAAGAGUGUAUAAAGACCACCGAAAAUGGAUCAGAAGAGAAGGGAUAUUAUUUUCCGAACUGCGACUCUUCCGUCUGGACGAGAUCGUGCAAAAGGGAAGUGAUAGAACCGAUAUCCGGCGAGGUAACAGGCAAGAUACCCACCUGGUUGAAAGGAACAUUGCUGAGGAACGGUCCAGGCUGUCUAGAAGUCGGCGAAUACAAUUUCAACCACCUGUUCGAUAGUUCAGCUUUAUUGCACCGAUUCGCUAUUGCCAAUGGAAAAGUGAGUUAUCAGUGUAGAUUCGUUCAGACCGACGUCUACAAAAAGAACAACGCAGCUCGGAGAAUAGUUGUGACCGAAUUCGGCACGAAAGCAGUACCGGAUCCUUGCAAAAGCAUUUUCCAAAGGGUUGCAGCGGUGUUUAAACCUGGCGACCAUUCAGAUAACUCGAUGAUUUCGGUCUAUCCAUUCUGCGACGAGUAUUAUACAUUCGCGGAGUCAGCGGUGAUUCAUCGUAUCGAUCCGGAAACUUUGGAGACCAAAGGCAAAGUGAAUGUGUCCGAUUACGUUGGAAUCGUCAAUCACACGUCUCACCCUCACGUGAUGAACGAUGGUACAGUUUACAAUAUGGGCAUGAGCGUGACUCCACGAGGACCUAUGUACAACGUCGUUUGUUUCUCACCCAGCCAGAUUAUCGUUGACGAUUCAGGGGAAGAGAAGGAGUUAUCCAUGUUUGAACAGGCAACGAUCGUCGCUAGCGUUCCAUCCAGGUGGCUGUUGAAUCCUUCCUACAUGCACACCUUUGGAAUCACCGAGAAUUACUUUAUAAUCGUGGAACAACCAUUGGCGGUGUCUCUGACCACGGUAAUAUCAUGCAAAGUGAAGCAACAACCGAUGCGCGCCGCUUUAAAGUGGCACGAGAAGGAAAACACACUGAUACACGUGGUUUCGAGGGAAACAGGAUUGCUGGAAAGAACGUUCAUCUGUGAACCGUUCUUCUAUCUUCAUAUUAUCAAUCAAUUCGAAACGCGUGAUCGUGAUUACGUGGUAGUGGAUAUUUGUUGCUAUCGCGAUUCGAAAAUGUUGGAUUGUAUGUUCGUCGACGCGAUGAAGAACUUGCAUAAGAAUCCUGACUAUGCCAAGAUGUUUCGAGGUAGACCUCUGAGGUUCGUGUUACCGAUGAAACGUCCGCAAUCGGACGUGCCAUUGGAGCAUAAUUUGAUCACGGUAAAAACGGUGAACCAGGGUCUGGAGGCUUUCCAAUACGAUUCUGUUAGAUAUGAAAAUAAGUCUGAUUCGAAGUUCAUCGACGAGUCGAGCUUGAACGAUACUCCUGUUAAAGCUAAUCGAGAUAAGAGGAACGAUUAUAAGAAUGUUCUUCAGCGAAGAGCGGCUGCUCAUAGACUUCCGGAUGGCAAUGUCUUCGUGAAACCGGAACUUCUUUGCGAUUUGGGUUGCGAAACACCGCGACUUAAUUACGAUUCUUAUCUUGGAAGAGAGUAUCGAUACUUUUACGCUAUCUCUAGCGACGUCGACUUGGAGAAUCCUGGAACGAUCAUCAAAGUGGACAUUCUGGAGAAAACGAGGAAAACUUGGUGCGAGAAGAACGUUUAUCCGAGCGAGCCAAUUUUCGUAGCAGACCCUAAUGGAAAGAAUGAAGACGACGGCGUGAUUCUAAGCUCUAUCGUGUGGUGUGAUAAAGAGACGCGCGCUGGUCUGCUGAUUCUAGACAGCGUGACUCUUACGGAAAUCGCGAGAGCCACCUUCGACACUCCUGGCCCGGUGCCAAAGUGCUUACAUGGCUGGUUUACCUUGGAAAAGUAAAAUAAACUGGGGCUCGAAAUUGAUCAUCGUCGGAUCUUUGGUUGUUCGAUGUGAAAACGUGAUAUUUUCGAUCAGUAUUAUACGAACAUCCUUGAUU